GACCACUUCUUCAAUCGUCGCUCCACCACCAUGUCACUCAGCAACAACGAGUUCCUCGCCAAGCUCACUGAGCUCUUUACUCCUGAUCCUCAACGCCCGCGCACGUGUUUUCUAACACAAAAGAGAUUUGCAUAUCAGGCUGAUGGCGACGCGAUCAUGGAAACCCCCGGAAAGGAACCGACGUUCAAGUGUCUAUUCCGCGCCACUGAUGGACAUGCAAUCAAGUUCUCAACCUUGGUUGAACCCGACCAAACCCUAGUCUUUCACAAAGCGUAUUCGAACGUCAUGAGGACACGAAUGAUAGCCAAACUGAAGCCCAAGAAGAAGAAAGCAGGCAAACCAGCGGCUGUGAGUGCGGUCAGGCUGCCGAAGAUCGUGGGCCCUAAGCGUGGCCCGGGCGUGGAACGCAGACGGAGAUUGGUUGCACAGCGUUCGAAAAUACUGAUGAAGAUCAGGCGUCGGAAGUUGUUGAAAGUUGCGGCUACUACCACCACUACUUGAGCAUCUUCAAACCAAUACACACACAUAGUGUCCACUUCAUAAUAAAAAAAGUGUUGAUUGUACUACCAAGUUUUUUUUCUUAAUCUUCUUUCUAGCAUGUUUAGCUCCCGGUUCAUCUACCUACCUGAGCGACCAAUCCACACCCCGACAGUCAUGCUCUCUCGAAUUUAUCGUAUCAUAACUUACCAAAAAAAGAAAAUCUUGAUUUGCCCGUAUAUGGUGACAUACACAGGAUCUCAAUUAUCAGAAUGUCUAUUUGUGACCCUUCUUGGACAACAAUCCGUGGAACCAACAAAGAAACGGCGCGGAAUUUCUGGAGUUGGGCCAUCAUUGAUUGUCCUUACAUCUACAGCCA